AUGCACUCACCCUCCGCGUUGACCUUGGGAUCCGUAAAUCCCGCUCUCCUCGGUGUCCAGUAUGCAGUUCGAGGAGAGUUGGCGAUCAAAGCCGAGGUCUACCGUGUCAGAAUAAAGAACCAUCCAAACGAUCACGGUCUCCCAUUCGACAAAAUCGUUCCUUCCAACAUAGGAAAUCCUCAGCAGCCAGGUCUUGAUCAGAAGCCAUUGACCUUUGGACGACAGAUCGCUUCGCUUCUGGAGUACCCGGAGCUAAUUGAGACAGGGAAGCGCCUCUUCCCUUCCGAUGUCCUUCGUCGCGCAAAGGAGCUUUAUGAAGAGAUCGGCUCCAUCGGAGCGUACUCGCAUAGUCAGGGUAUACCCUAUAUCCGUCGAAGCGUUUCACAAUUCAUUGAAAAACGCGACGGAUACCCAUCCGAUCCCUCCCACAUUUUCCUGACCGCUGGCGCGUCUGCCGGAGUGUCACUUGUUCUUAACAUACUGGUAGCCAGUCACCAGACAGGGAUAAUGAUUCCUAUUCCGCAAUAUCCACUAUAUUCUGCCACCCUCGCACAACAAUCGGGUGUUCCUGUACCGUACUUCCUCGACGAGUCAAAAGGAUGGUCCACCGAUCCACAAGACGUUGAUCAAGCUGCUGUCAAUGCCAAGGCCGAAGGCAUCAAUGUCAGAGCCAUUGUCAUCAUCAAUCCGGGGAACCCAACUGGAGCUCUUCUCGAUCAACGUACUAUGGAAGCGAUCGUCAAAGUUUGCGAGAAGCAUAAUCUUGUUCUUCUCGCUGAUGAAGUCUAUCAAUCCAAUCUCCACGACUCCCAGAAUCAUCCCUUUACUUCCUUCAAGAAGGUAGUGAGGGACAUGAAGUCUCCCGUUGCACUGAUCUCAUUCCAUUCCAUCUCGAAAGGCGUCACUGGGGAGUGUGGGCGUCGUGGCGGCUAUUUCGAGUGUACCAAUGUACCCGAAGAUGUAAUCGCGCUGAUUUAUAAGAUGGCCAGCGUAGGGUUAUGUCCUCCUGUUAGCGGUCAGAUUGGAGUAGAAUGUCUUGUUCGUCCUCCGGUUGAUGGAGAUGAUUCUUAUCCUCUUUGGAAGAAGGAGACAGACGCCAUUCACGCGGCUCUUGCUUACCGUACCAAGCUUAUGGCCCAACGUUUGAACGAUCUUCCAGGAGUGUCAUGUGUUGAAUCUCCGGGAGCACUCUACCUUUUCCCCCGUCUUCACCUUCCCGACAAAGCUAUCGCGGAGGCCAAAGCAGCUGGAAAAGCUCCUGACACCUUUUAUGCACUUGCUUUGCUGGACGAAACUGGGAUUUGUGCAGUCUCUGGGGAUGGUUUCGGCCAGAAGGAGGGUGAAGCUCAUUUAAGAUUGACAUGCUUGUGCGCGGGAGUGGAACAGUACAUCGAAAAAUUGGAGAAGUUCCAACGCGGUUUUUGGAGGAAGUAUGGUGGAAAACAAGCAUCGCAGUAAAAAUACGAUAAAGUGAUCAGAACGAUUGGGAUGAUUGGAAUCACCCG